AUCAAGUUCGUUGACGCAUACUUCCACAAUGACAACGGUGAUGGCUUCUAAAUCUGCAGCAAUCGACCCAGCAGAUGUGUCGGAAGAUGAGCAAGAAACUCCAAUUUACUUGGAGACACCAUCUGCUCCCAAACCACAAAAGCCCAUCAAGAAGGCCACAGACAUUGAUUGCUGGUCCAUGAACCUCGAUGCCUUCAUUCUCAAUAAGCACAUCUUCAACAAAGAGCACUUUAUCGCGCCACUAAACAGACCCGACAAUUCGUCAUUUCUGUCUGGGGAGUUCUCAGCGCCAGAUGCGAUCCCCAAUGUUGACAUUGACGGAGCGUAUCCAUGGUAUUCAAACUCUCGAAUUGCGGAUAUCACACAGACACCGCAAGUUGACGAGGAGGGUAAAGAUAUCUAUGAUCGCAUGCUGCGUAAUGAGAGAUUGGGCGUCUAUCUACAUUGGACGCUGCCGCAGCAUUUCCGCAAUGGAAAAACAAAGGAUACUGACGAUGAAAAGGCUGGAGAUGUCGCACAAACACAUAUACCAGAUCGUUGGAUAGUCUUCAGAUGCAUCACAGAAGCCUCUGAAGCUGGCGCUCCCGCACUGGCGGCCUUCAUCGUUGAAAGCAAUCGCAUCCGCCAUUUUGGCGGUCACUUUGACCCUUCCACAGACGACACUUUUGAUGUUGAGACGGAAGCUUCUCCGUUCAUCGACAAGGAUGUCUCAGUGGAAAAGCAGGUCGAUGUGUUUAUGGGCAUGAGGCGCAAGUUCGACGAUGAUUGGAAUGAUCCCGAUCCUAAUGGCCUUUACCACUCGCCAUUAACAUUGCUGGACUCUGCAAACCCUCUGUUCGCAGACUUUCAGCAUCACAACUCAAACAUCUUCUCCAUUCACGACGAUGUCUCAUGGAAAAACAGUGCGGGCCAGAUUAUCCGGCCUGCGUCUGCGACUAUCUCGUACGCUGUAUUUGGCUAUCAUUCAACGUUUCAUUCGGAGCACGACGAGAAGAAGUCCAUUACCCACGGCGCCAUGUAUAAUGUAAGGUGGACCAGAGAUGAAGCGCCUAAAAACUCUGAGGCGCUCAAUAUUGCGAGAAAUGUCAGCGGCAGCCAGCCUAUAGCUAUAGGAUCAGACUCGCUGGAAGCGCUUGAAGCAUACCUUCAUUCUUUACCAGAGGAGACGGUCCAUGUGGAAAAGACAACAGCCAAUCAGAGCCAGGAGCCCAAGCGCUGGAGCAACCAUGACUGGAUUGCGCUCAUUGACGAGAUGAAGAUGGCAAUCGGACAAUCUGGCCAAGGUGGACUACUCGACUCCCACGUACCGCAGAACCUCAGAGCUGGUUUCAAGCCUACAGAUGGAGGCAAAAAAUGGCGCUUCAACAAUGAGAAUGUGUCUGCCAAGGGUAACGACCAGUCCGUUGAUCCCAAUAAGAUGCAAGAUUUGCAUGUUCCUACCGAAAAGGAGAUGCAAGCCUUGCUCAAAGCGGAUAGAUUCCAGGCAUACAUAGAUGCUCUGGACCGUCAAGAAGGAUAUCUUCGCCAUCGGCUCUUUUGUGAGUGGUGGAAGCGUCGUGCUCGCGUGACGGGAGGCAGAUGGAGAGAUCCUCUAGUUCGCGCAGAAUGUAGCAGGAGAAUUCAGGAUGAUCUUGCGGCUUUGAAGAUUGUCAAAGAGUUGCGCCAGAGGUACAGUCAGGAUAAAGUGCCUGCCGAUCUGGAAAAGAUGCAUGCCACUGCUAGGUCGGAGUUCUUCAGCCGCACGUCUCCUUCUAUCGUCAUGGGAGGACUUGGUACAGCGUGGCCCUCAGAGUUCCUCGUCAAAGAGAACAAUAAGGCUAGACCGCUGAGUUCGCUUCCGUUUACUGGCAAACAGGGAGCAGAACUGGUACAGCAAUGGCUAAAGGAACUGGUGGGAGCCAAGUCAGGCGAUGCGAAUCACCAGCUGUGCAUGGUCCACGGCAUGAAGCUCUUCUUCCAGAACCCAGAACUGGUAGAGAAGAUCGUCGAUGCGCAAAAGUCAAACAAUGGCCUCAUGCGACUUCCAGCCUUGUUUGAGUCUCUUGACAGCCUCAACGCUCUCAACUACACGGCACCAGGCUGGGUCCGUGUUGGAGUUGAUGCGUUGAUGCAGGAGUGGGCAUAUGCCUUGAGCAUCGGCGACCCAGAGGAGAUGAAAGAGCCCAGGCCUGCUUACUACAACAAAGCCGACACUCACUGGAAUGAUACGCAGCCAUGUCGCGUAUUGUUUCUAGAGUGGGAGGUUGAGUACUACCAUCUGCCUAAGCGAUUCUGGACGCUGCAAAGGUUAAGUGAUGGUACGGCCGACUAUAGAAUCGCGCCUGGCGUCAACAUCUCUUCGUUUGACAUGAUGGAUCUCCACAAACGUACUGUCUCAGGACGAAGUAUUCUGCGUCCCAACGCCGAGUGGGCGAUGACAACGCUGGCACAACAGCUGCUAGACAAAGUAGAUGACGAGUCUCUCAAGAAGGCAGGCCUAGCAGGUGGAAAGAAGGAGAUUCUUGCUCAGCUAGAGGAGUCCCUCAAGAGCCUCAAUCUUGUAUCCGGAAAUCUUGAUGGAUUCACGGAUCAGCUUCUCACUCUUCAUGGAGGCAUUCAUGUAUCGCCAUACGAAUCCGAGACGCAUCCUCCGCGCAACGACAAAGAAAAAUCUCUUCUCAAAGCGCUUCUUGAGUCAGAGAAUGGCCACGAUGUUACUCCAUUCGGAGAAGACGUCUGCUCUAUUGAUAAGGCAGAGCGGGACUUUAAGCCUGUUACUCACGGCCAAGCACGCUUCACAAAGUUCAAUAUCGUCGACAAAUUCGGCCAAGUCGUCUCACCAAUCCACACACCAGACGUCAUCAACAAGACCCAGCCUCUGUAUCCCUGCCUCGGUCGCACAAUUGCAUGCCAACCGAAUGAAGCAGAAGGCGGAGGCUUCGCCAACAGCGUUGAGCUAGACAAGGAGCACUGCUCACAAUUCUUCCAGCUUGGUCAUCGCAUCAAUCAAGACGCGCGACUCAACGUCCAGUUCGUCGUAAACUCGGCCGACGUCGACGCGCAUCAUGAGACAACGCAGUUUUUCCGUGGUGAUUACGAGGCAGGUCGCGGUCAGAGACAUCAUGUUUGGCGCCCUACCACGGAGUACGAGGAUCCUGUCUGGGGCUGGCUUAUGCUUGACUUUCGCACAAUGGGCAUCCAAGUCUACAACGCCGCGGGUGAAAGUAUGGGCGAAGCACUGGUACCGGACAACAUCCAUGGCAAAGCAUAUUGGCAGGUUCACUACGCCGAGGGCGACAUGUCUGAAGCAGCGAAUGAGUCCUCACAGCUCCAACAGCUGAUGAAGCGCAUGUCUGAUGCCAAGUUCCUCGUUGGCCUAUGGGCGAUGCUUUCUGAUGCGUGUCAGAAUAUUUACAAUGAUCCUUUGACUGGUGAUGCGCAGAUGCUCAACAUGGUGGGCCGUCCGCUUGCGCUCGUCAACAUUGGCAUGAACCUUGAGCUUGCUACACCUGUCAUGCAGUCGCAGAGCUACCAGGACUUGUUGAAGAAGGAGGAAAUCAAGCUUGACGAGUACAAAUUCGAGGUCCUUCUUGGUGACAAGUCAAAUCUGCGCGAUGGACUCAUCGGCUACUUUCCUCCAUCGCCAGAGCCAUCUACGCCAGUCCAGCUCGCUCCCAUCCCACAGCCUCAAGACCGCGUCAAAGACAAGGUCCCCGAUGUCAAUUGUGUCUACACCGAGUUCGGUUAUCCAGGACGUAACAUCGUCGCGGGUGAUAACCAGAAACCAGACUCUUUCGCCUCGCCCAGCUCGAGCAAAGUCUACCUUUCACCUUUGCACGUUGAUCCCUCCAAAUGCACGCCUGAUCCCGCGAAAGACUACGACGCAGCUGCAGCUUACCAUCGCGGCAUCUGGAAUCAUCCUUCAACCGUUGUUCUUGGUGCUAUCGUCGACCCUUACCAACCCGUUCAUAUCGCCACGGGUAUUCUGCCAUCAACAACACUGAAGCUUCCCCAGUGGAUCAUUGACCAGACACUCAAGAAGCUACGCAUCCUCUUGCGCGGUGGGCCUGUCCUCACAAGAUCAGACCUUCCAGGUAUCGACACCAGUCUCGAUUCAUGGAAGAAACCUAUGAACCAGACCACCGCUGAGGCAUGCAUUCCCGCCCUUACCGACAAGGGAGAGUGGUCAUGGCUACAGCCUAACCUUUCGGCGUAUACCGUACCUGGAGAUGAUGAUGAGUACUUACCCCAAUUCGUGCCGUACAACUUGAAACCAGCGCCUUCAGACUACCCUCUGGAAAUGGGUCCGCAUACAGUGUUGGAAGGUUUUUACAAGUUCGAACUAUCUCAGAUGAAGCCAAAGGCGGAGCUGAGGCCUGGUAAUCCAGCGGAUGGUGGUGACGCAAAGCAACAGAAGGAAAUGAAGAAGUAAUUGAGACGUGGUGUAAGGCGAAAUGUGAUCGCCUAGUUACGGUUUUCUUCACCUGUACAUACAUGUCUGUCUGCCUAUCUGGUGCUAGUCUUUGCUUGCGUAGUUUCUCUUGAUGCAAUACCACAGUGCUUAUUCUGAAUCUCG